AGCAAUGGCCUGACCGUGUGAUACCAAAUUAAGUCAUGGUUAGUCCCUAUUUCGUGCCGAAAAUGAAUUAGUUCAUAUAAGAAUCAUGGUGUUCGAGUCGUAUGUUGUCGAUCUUUUGAACAAGUUCGCCGGCCAGUACUUGGAGAAUCUCGAUACUUCCCAGUUGAGGCUUGGGAUCUGGGGAGGAGAUGUCCAACUGGAAAAUUUGAUUCUCAAGGAAAGCGCCUUAGAUGACCUUGCUUUGCCAGUUAAAGUUCUACGUGGUCAUUUAGGUAAACUGGUGCUGAAGAUACCCUGGAAGAAUUUGUACUCAGAACCUGUUGUUGCUCAAGUAGAUGGACUUUACUUACUUGUCAGACCAAGUACUGAUGUUAAGUACAAUGCUGAGAAAGAGGAAAAAGCCAAACAGGAGAGAAAGCAAAGACAGCUGGAAGCAGUGGAGCUCACUUGGCAGAUUGAAGUGGAAAAGAAAAAGGAGAAUGUAUUGGGGAAGGUUGUGGGGCCUUGUGGAUCCACAGAUGAAAAUUGGAAACCUUCAAUUGUUGGUAAAAAAGUAAAAAUUGUACACAAGGUCAGAGCUAAAACAAAAGGCAUGUUAAAACGGCAGUCAGACGAUACGAAAAUUUUUACGCCCAGCCCAGAAGUGGCUCAGUGGCUGGUUGGAAAAAUCAAAGAGGCUCGGUCUUAA